CUAUAUUUUCUCAAAUCUUUGGCGACAAAAAAACUAUAUUUCCCUUUAAUUAUUGCUAUUAGAUAUUAAACCUAAUUCUAUUAAGAGAAACCCUAUUUUACCAAUAUAAAAAGAGAUCUCAUCUAAUUUUCUUUCUACUAAAACAAUAAAGGCAAAAAGGAAACAAAAACAAUCGUCAAGAAAAGUAAAGGAAAUCAGCGACGCCAUGGAGAAUCAAGAAAAACCUAAGCCUGCUUCAUCAGGACGAACUAUCUACAAGAAGAGAAAACUAACCCUAAAGAAGAAAGCCGAAGAGCUUUCCAUACUGUGCGGCGUUCCGGUCGGUUUAGUAUGUUUUGAUCCCGACGGCGAGGUGGACACGUGGCCUGAAGAUAAAAACAAAGUUGAUGAAAUCUUGAUGGAAUUCGUACGUAAACAGUGCUUGGAUUUUCCAUACGAUUUGCAGGCAAUCAAGAACAAGAACGCGACGAAUCUUGACGGUCAAGAAAUCAAGAAUAGGGUUAAGAAUAAGAGGGGUUUUGAAACGUGGGAUGCAAGAUUUGAUUAUUUACCGGAGGAAUCUUUAAUGGAAGUUCUGAAAGUAAUUGAACGUAAAGAAAAGAGUUUGGAGGAAUGGGUUGAGGGAGAAUUAGGGUUUGAAAAUAAGAGAAAAAAACGAAUUCAAUUCGAUAAUCGUAACCCUAAUUAUAAUCAUGAUGAUGAUGAUGAAAUUGAUUUAGAGUUGCGAUUACGGAGAUUAAGUAAUGCUGUUGAAGAUAAACACAUGCUUCCUUUGCCUGCUAAGACUGUAGAGUUUUUGCAACUUAAAUUAGAUGAUUAUAAGAAUCAGUAACUUUUAUGUAUAUUGCUUUUUUUAGCAGUAGUU